AUGCUGAAUCAAUCUCAAGGUGACCAAUACAUGUCACCCGGCAUGCUCGACUUCAUCCAACUUAUCAAGUCGAUGCACGAAGGUAUUUUCGUCUAUGCCGUUCGCAUCUCAGAUGAACCAAGCUCUGACCAGAGAGCUGGCUGGUUCGGCAAUGUGGAUGAGCAGCUCGCCCAAGUAGCAGACGCAAUUUCUGGAAUUGAGGAACUGCAAGAUGGGUUUGAUGCUAUGGGUUUUUCUCAAGGCGGCCAGUUCCUCAGGGGUUACGUAGAAAGAUACAAUACCCCUCCUGUCAGAAAUCUCAUCACAUUUGGGUCUCAGCACAUGGGUAUCUCUGAUUUUCCUGGCUGCAAGUCUACAGAUUUCUUAUGUCGAGCUGCGCGAGCAGCCGCAGCAUCUGGAGUGUAUACCCCAUGGGCGCAGCAUAACCUCGUGCAAGCCCAAUAUUUCCGGGACCACAAGCAUUAUGCGGCGUAUCUACAAGCAAACUGUUUCCUGGCUGAUAUCAACAAUGAAAUUCCCGAAAAUACGGAUGACGACUCUGAACCUCGUUCUCGUAAUGCGACCUACGCGGCUAAUUUUGCUUCAUUGGACAACUUUGUAAUGGUCUUGUUUGAUCAAGACAAGACCGUCGUUCCCAAGGAGAGCUCUUGGUUUGGAUCAUACAAAAUACCAACGGAUGACGACAACAAUGAGGGAGGGGAGAUCAUUCACAUGAAGCAUCAGCCCCUUUACAAAGAAGACUGGAUUGGCUUACGAAAGUUGGAUGAGGAAAGCAAGGUCUUCCCGAUUGUCUGCGAAGGAGAGCAUAUGCGAAUCGUGGAAGAGUGUUGGAAACCCAUCGUACAACGUUGGGUAGGCCAAAUAGAUGUGAAGAGACCCAAAGCACGGCAGCCCAGCCGUGAUGCAAAAGUGGCAGCAAUACCCCCCUUGAUGAUACAAGAUUGGUAA